GGCGCACACGCCGCCCGAACCCUAGCGAAAUCCCUCCCUCCCUCCGAACGGGUCGUCCUCCUCGAACAACGUUCUCACCUCGCCCACCUUUACGUCUUGCCCCGUUUCGCCGUGGUGGAAGGGUACGAGGAACAUGCGUUCAUCCCGUAUACCAACAUCUUUGCUACGGCCGAGGACGAGGCUGGCAAGAUGAAGGCUGGCGGAGAGCAGAAGGUACCUGGACAGUCGAAGAGUGGAAGCGAUCAAGAUGGAAAAGAGAAGUCGACCGGCGACAAGAAGCAGGAGACGACGAUCAGGUUCAAAUACCUCAUUUAUGCUACGGGUAGUCGGCUACCACACCCGUUGAUUCGGUUGCCAAAGAAGAAGAUGGAGGCCAAGGACUGGUUGAAGGAGAAUCAGAGGGCGGUCAGGGAGGCGACGAGGGUGUUGGUCGUAGGUGGAGGAGCGCUUGGAAUUCAAUUCGCGAGCGAUAUCAAGGCGUACUUCCCUACUCACCACGUCAUCCUCAUCAACUCGCGUUCCAGGUUCUUGAGCAUCUACGAGCCGGGGAUGCACGAUCAUAUCCAAGCCGAUCUCGAAGCGCUCGGAGUCGAGGUGAUACACAACGAGCGGGUGGAAGAUCUGGAUGAUCUCGAGAGGCAGCGUGAUGAUGCUGCGAGACAGGAAGGCAGGGAGGGCAAAGUCGGUAGGAGGAUGGUCAAGACUAGACUGAAGAGUGGGGCUGUCAUCGAGAGCGAUCUUCAGAUCAUCUGUACCGGACAGAAACACAAUCACGAGUUGAUCUCACAGGAAGAAGGAUCGUUGCUGAGCGACAGGGGAUCGCUCAACGUAAAGUCAUCGAUGCAGCUCGAUCACCCGGAUUGGAAUCACGUGUUCGCGAUCGGCGACGUAGCCAACACCUCGGCUAUCAAGGCGGGCCAUACGGGUUGGUAUCAGGCCGGUGUGGCCGCAGCGAAUAUCGUCAAGAUGGUCAAGGACGGCGACGGGGCCGAGCUGGACGAUUAUUCACCUACGAAACCGAUGAUCAAGGUUACAGUAGGAAAGGUAAGCAGAGAGGGCCGGCCGGAUGUUUUCGGCUUCGUUCCAGUGGCUGACUCUGCUCGAGACUUGCAUGAAUUUCCGCAGAACAUUGCCGUCACGCAAAUGUGGGACGAAGAGGGCAAACCCAAGGUGUCGAGAACAGAUGACCUACCUGAGGACUUGCAGGCUGGACUCAUGUGGACGGCAAUGGGCGCCGAUACCAACGACAUGUCAUUAUAAAUGUAGAUCAUGAACAUUAUUAAACAGUCAACAACGAGACGACGGACAAACGUGAUGUGUGAGAGCUCGCAGUCAACAUCGAUCAGGCUUUGUCCGAUCUAUUACGCUAGUUUAUGCAGGUGGUUAUAUGUGUCGU